AUGGUAUCAUCGUCUUUGCUUACAUUUAUUUCCAACACAUUCUCGAGAAUACACAAUAAUGUUUUCCCAUUCGGCGGCAUAAAUGUAUUGCUCGUUGGAGAUCUAGCUCAGUUACCCCCAGUCAAUGGAUCACCUGUCUAUAAGUCUUCUGUAUGGCAAAUAUUUUUCCCAUUGUUCCUUCGCACUUGUCAUCGUCAACAAAAUGACAUGGCAUUUUAUAAUCUUCUUGAAGAAAUUCGUUUCGGAAACAUUUCCGAGGCAUCAUGGAAUAUGCUGGAACAAAAACAUAUCGAAUAUGCACCCAUUUCUCAUACACCAGAUUGUCCUGAUUCUACUCAUACUGUCAGCUACAGACAAUCUACUGAACAAUCAAACACCACAACAUGCAAUCAUCUUACAGAUGUAAAUGCAACUACUUUACACGAAUCUACAGACUUUUUAGAUGAAGAACAACAGGAAUGCGCACCAGAUUGUUUCGACACUACUCAUAUCGUCGGAUAUAGACAAUCUGCUGAACAAUUAAACACCACAAUAUGCAAUCUUCUCCCAGUUGAUAACGAAAACGAAAUUAUCCUACACAAAUCUACAGACUUUUUAGGUGAAGAACAAUGGGAAUCCACUCGUAUUCAAACCACUUUCAAACAUUACACAAAUCUUCCAUCGUUCGUGAGACUUCAAGCUGGUGCUCGUGUUAUGUACUUGAAAAAUAAUAUGAUGCAACAUAAUUUGUGUAAUGGAACUGUCGGUAUUGAUAUCGAUCUAUUUCACCCCACGCCAUGGACUGCCACUACGAUAUUUCAAGAAAACGAUGAUAUAGAUGUAUUCGGCGCAGUAACCGGACUAAAUAACAAUACUCUUUCGCUACAAAUCUACAAACUAUACGUCAUCAACUCCACCAAAAAAUCACUCCCAACAAGUGCGACAUGGUUGCGCGCCCUCGGAACCAUCAUAACCAUCCCUCAUUCAAACAAUAACACAACCGUCUUCGAAGUCUCCGCAACGCAAUAUGUUAAUAGCACCGGAUCCCAAUUUAAACAAACAAUCAUCGUAUACCAUCAAUCACAUCGUCAAUACUUACAGGCAAGAACAUCAAAAGCACGAGUGGGAGCAAAAGUAACGAUAUGCGGCGAAUUAGACAUCAUGGAUGAUAAACUUUACAUGGAAUUACAUGUAUUCGAAUACGAAUCACUAACAAAUACUGAAUCUAUAACAAACACUUCCCCCGCUGCAAUUUCACCAUCAAAACGUACCAGAUUAUCCCAACUAACAAAGGAAGUCGUAGAUACACCUCCUACGCCAAAUUCCGCAAACCAGGAAACCGAUGAAAAUAUAACACAACACCCUCCAAAUCACAACAUGAAUGAAAAUCAACCAUCCGAACAUGAGACCAACAUCAACCAACCAGCAAAAACAGUAACAGAACUGUCAACCAACACGCUCCAAGUUCCAAAAUAUACCAAGCGGAAUCUACGCAAAAAAGACACAAACUAA